CGGGCGGUGGGAUGCGUGCGCGUCUCGCAGUUCUGAAUCCCCGGAACCCACGGGAAGGAUCGCAGUGCUGCCCUCCCCUCUUGCCCACGGUCCCAUCCUGUCCCCAGGCCCCCGGCUCUGCGCCCUCUGCGGUAGGGAGGGAGUGGCGCGGCCUGCUCCACGCUAGUGCAGCGAGGUCCCGCGUGUGCCUUCUGGGUGAGGUUUUCCAGGGACCCAACGGGCCCGACCCGAUCAGCGCUGAGCUCCAGAAACCUUGCGGCGGGCAGGACCUGGCUGCUGGCUCGAUGGUUGAUGUCCAGCUUUCUGCGACUUUGUGCACGCUAAUUCUUAACCACGUCUGUUUCUCGGCUAUAAAAUGGACAUGAUACACAUGUACUGCCGGGUCUGAUUCAUUUCUGUACACUGUCACUCACUGAAUGGUAUUCCUCUUAAUCGACUUCUGUUCUGUGGCUGGACAGGCAUUGAAGAUUGGCACCCACUGGGGUCAGAUGAGCCUGGUGUGACAAGAGAGUGUGAGUUUUGGUCCUGCUCUAGAGAAUCAAGUCACUGAGUGUGGCAUACUAGCCAUGGAAACCCUAAAAUCCAAGACCAAAACGAGGGUCCUCCCCUCUUGGAUGACAGCCCCUGUGAAUGAGAGAAAGGUUGUAUCAGUGAAGACAGCCACAAGGAAGCAGACAGCCGCCUGGGCCCGGAGAGUGGGGGCAGCAACAAGAGCCCCAGCCACGGAGACCGUGUACUGCAUGAAUGAAGCUGAAAUGGUAGACGUGGCACUGGGGAUCCUGAUUGAGGGCCGCAAACAGGAAAAGCCCUGGGAACAGCCGUCUCUGGAAGCCACUGAUAAGCUGCAGCUCUCCCCUCCCUGUUCCUCGUCCCCCGGGAGCAGCAGUGAGGAAGAUGACAGCAGACUCAGCUCGCCUGCUCCAGGCCUCAGCCCUCCCCGGGGACCAGAAGCUUCGGACUCUCCCUGUAGCAGAAGCCCAGAGGAGGAGAAGGAGGAGGAAGACGCGUUGAAAUACGUCAGGGAGAUAUUUUUCAGUUAGUAUGAAUUGUUCACUGCUUCGGCUGAGAGCUGCGGGCGCUGUCCACCCCUGCUGGCCCCUGCCACCUACGAAAACCAGGCUUUGUUCCCAACUCCCAGUCCCAGGAGGCUGUCAGUUUGGGUGGGACUUUUUCUGUAGCAGGAUGCAGAAAUGCAUCCUGUUACAGACUUUCCCUGCUCCACCCUCGGGCCCUGAGGGUUGGCAAUCCCAGCCCCGAGUUUCAUUCACAGUGAAAGUGAGGUCUUGGGCUUACUUGCCAGACGCAAAGGAAAAUAGAGGUGCUGAGAACAUGGGUAUUCUAGACGGGCAGCCAGAUCUCGACUUAAAGAGGCCUAUGAACAGUCUCCUUCACGACGCAGUCCAGCAGUAAGCUUCUACCCUCCCAACCAAACAGGCUGGCAACUGCCCACAGCUCCCUGCCAGUCUAGGAGCAGGAGGCUCUAUGAGGCUGGUGAGCCACACAGGCCCUGUCUACCACCAGUCACCUCUCUUCCUCCUGGGGCCUCCACCUUGACCCCUGUAAGGGAGAGUGGGACACAGCACGCUGAGGACAAAAGAUCACACCAGAGUCCAGGUUUCUUUAUAUGCACUUUGGCUUUUGAUGAGCACAGAAUGAAGAACUCAUUGCCACGUAGGUUUUCUGAUACACAGACACUGAACAAAAUAUAUACUGAUGCCGCGAUGCAUAAUAAAGACCAUGCCUUCUGCCUUUCCAGUUCUGGGUAAGGUGAGGGGA